AUGUUUAGCUGUCAUUCCUCGCUAGGUCGUGCACGAGGCCUACUUAGGCCUCUUGGCACAAAUACUCUACGUUCUUAUGCAAGCCCUGCCAAAAAGGCUAAUGCCAUUGACUUUUCUGCAAUGGAAACCAAAUGGAAGGCACGCUGGGCAGACGCUCCUUCUUCCACAGCAGAUCCCUCUAAGCCGAGUUACUAUGUUCUCUCCAUGUUCCCAUACCCAAGUGGCCUUUUACACAUGGGUCAUGUCCGUGUGUACACAAUUUCUGACACAUUGCAACGCUUUAGACGCAUGCAAGGCUACAAUGUCCUCCAUCCAAUGGGCUGGGAUGCAUUUGGACUUCCUGCUGAAAAUGCAGCUAUUGAACGUGGUAUUCACCCUGCAGAGUGGACAGUAAAAAACAUUGCUGCUAUGAAAGAACAAAUGAGCAAAUUGACAAUUGAUUUUGACUGGUCAAGGGAAGUCAGAACAUGCGAUCCUGAUUAUUAUCGAUGGACCCAAUAUAUCUUCUUGGAGAUGUACAAGGCUGGCUUGGCCUAUCAAAAAGAAGCCGUUGUCAAUUGGGAUCCUGUGGAUCAAACCGUAUUGGCAAAUGAACAGGUUGAUGCUGAAGGAAAAUCAUGGAGGUCUGGUGCCUUGGUUGAGCGCAAGAAAUUGAGACAAUGGUUUUUCAAAGUUACCGACUUUGCAGAGGAUUUGCUGAAUGAUAUCGAUUUAUUAACCCACUGGCCCGAACGCGUGAAACAAAUGCAACGCCAUUGGAUUGGAAAGUCUCAGGGAGCUGAAUUUGAGUUUUCUGUGUUGGCAGAAAAUGUGUCACCUCUCAAGGUAUUCACAAGUCGCCCUGAUACACUAUAUGGUGUCCAAUAUCUGGUUGUCUCUCCCGAACAUGAGUUGAUUAAAAGAGAGCGUCUUCCCGCUGGUCAGGCAGAUGAAGUAUUGACAUUUGUAGAAGAUCUCGGCAAAGUCCAGAACAUGGAAGAAGCAGAAGAAAGCAAAAAGGGUGUAUUUACUGGUCUCUACGCUAGCCAUCCUGUUACAAGCGAACAAAUUCCAAUUUACGUGGCUCCCUAUGUCCUCUCAGAUUAUGGAACCGGCGCUGUGAUGGGUGUACCUGCUCACGACAAGCGUGACUGGGACUUUUGUCGUGCUAACAAUGUUGUUGACAAGAUCAAGUUUGUAAUCGAAUCCCCCAUUAAAGAAGUAGGUGUCACUGAAGAGCCUACUGAGCCUUUUACUGCUCAUGGUAUUCUCACUGGCAUCUCGGGACCUUACAAAGGCAUGAAGUCAAAAGAAGCUGGAAAGGCUAUCCUGAAAAAGGCGAUUCAAGCUGGCUUUGGUCACUCUGCCACUCAGUAUCGAUUGAAAGACUGGCUCUUGUCACGUCAACGUUAUUGGGGUGCUCCUAUCCCAAUUGUCCACUGUCCCACUUGCAAGGUCGUUCCUGUACCUCAAGAGGACUUGCCCGUUCCUCUCCCCCUUGAUGUGACUUUUACUGGAAAGGGUGGAUCACCUCUCGCAAGAGCUACUGACUGGCUCAACUGCAAGUGUCCAAAGUGCAAUGGACCUGCUACCAGAGAAACCGACACUAUGGAUACCUUUGUAGAUUCUUCUUGGUACUUUAUGCGUUAUACUGAUCCUCACAACACCUCCUUACCAUUUGAUCCCAAGAUUGCUUCAGAGAGGUUACCUGUCGAUAUUUAUAUUGGUGGAGUUGAGCAUGCCAUUCUUCAUUUGCUGUAUUCUCGAUUCUUUUCAAAAUUCUUGUACAAGCAAGGAGCUAUCGCACCUUCUCCCAAUAAACUUCCUGGCAAUGGAGAGCCAUUCAAUGUUCUCUUGACUCAGGGUAUGGUACACGGACGUACCUUUAAGGAUCCAGUCACACAGAGAUUCCUGAAGCCAGAAGAGGUUGAUUUGACAGACUUUAAUAAACCAAAGAUAAUCGCAACAGGAGAAUCUCCUUCUAUUUCAUAUGAAAAGAUGUCAAAGAGUAAAUAUAAUGGUGUUGAUCCUACCAGUGUCGUAGAAGAACAAGGUGUAGAUCCUACUCGUCUCCAUAUUCUUUACAAGGCUCCCCCAUCCGAAGUGCUCGAGUGGGAUGAUGCUAGUAUUAUCGGCAUGCAGCGCUGGAUUGCAAAGGUUCUCAAACUGUCUUCCACAGCUGGCGAAUCUCGCCUGAAGCUUGAGUUGCCCGAGCUCGAGGCCAUGACUGGCGAAGAACGAGACAUGUACCGAACGACUCACUUGACUAUCAAGCAAGUAACUGAGUCCAUGUCAACCUCGUUUGGCUUCAAUACCGCCAUCUCGGAUCUUAUUAAGCUCAGCAACUGUGUGAGCGGCUCAAAGGUUGAGGCAUCGUCUCCUGUUUAUCAACAUGCUGUCCAGUCCAUCGUCAAGAUGAUGGCUCCAAUGACUCCAACUGUCGGUGAAGAGUGCUGGGAAGAGCUUGGAGAGAAGGAAAGUGUGUUCCAACAAGAGUGGCCCAAAUGGGAAGACAAAGCCUUGGCAAAAGACAAUGUCGAAUGCAUGAUCCAGAUUAACGGUAAGACCCGCCUUAGUGUCAAUUUGCCUGCUGCUCUGGUAGGUAAUACAGAAGAGAUUGAACGGAGAGCAAGAGAAUCUCCAGUAGGUCAAAAAUGGCUUGGGGAAAAGUCUAUCCGUAGAGCAAUUGUGGCAAAGAAUGGUGAAUUAGUCAACUUUGUUCUCCAAAAUUAG